AUGCCUCCCAAAAACAUUGUCAUUUUUGGAGAGAGUGGCGUCGGGAAAAGCUCCAUCAUCAACCUCCUCGCGGGUCACCGGGUUGUCCUAGCUAGGAAAAGUCACGCGCAAUGGGCGCCGGAAAGAGCUCUCAUAAACCUCAUUGCAGACCAAAACAUCGCUAAAACUGGCUCCAACCUCAAACGGUGCACCCUCACAUGGACCAAAUAUGUGUUACCCAAGCUCUUUGAUGAUGGGAUGCAACACAAUAUCUUCGACACGAUGGGGAUCGAGAACCCAGAACUCGAACCAUAUGAGUACCACCGGUCCAUCAAGGAUGCCAGCCGCCUUCUCCGCAAGCUCGAUGAAUGCGGCGGUACCAGUUUGUUGGUAUACUGCAUUAAAAAACAGCGUGUCAAUAGCGCAUUGCAGAACAACUAUCAGUUAUUCCACGAAUCAUGGUGGACGCGGAACCAUGCAUUGUUAAAGGAAUUCCAGAUCGUUGUGGAGGGACAUGCAUGCGUAACGACCCUGAAGGAUAAAGAUGUCGCGGUGAAGUACAGGGAAUCGAAGGAAGCCGUAUGUGAGCUGAUCCGGCAGUAUGCAGCCGUUACGCCAGUGUCUGGGGGGUGGAAGCAGGAGGGGAUAGUCAGCGCAUUCAAGCGACGGUUCGGGCGUCCCAAUCCGGAGGACAAGAAGCUGCAGCAUAAAAUACAGAAGGACCUCGAGGGUCAAUGUGGCAUGAAGAAAGAGUUGGCUUCGAAGGUUGCAGAAACACUCGUGUAUCCGUAGACCAACGGACGUAACGAUUGAUCGCUGUAUAUAUAUCACGUCCUAUGCACUAGCUUUAGUGUAAACCAGGCUUGCAUUCAAGCUGUGGUCUGUAGAUAAGUAUGCGUUAGUACUAGUAGUACGAGUCGCGGUAAAGUUGUUUGUCAUUCGAGGAAAACUUACUCUCGCACUCGACAUCGUCCAGGUUGUCCUUCGGAACAGGUCAUCAGCGAAUGGAUGAUUCCUUGAUAUUGUAGCCGAGGAUGCAGAUUUGCUCCUACUAAAUAUUGUCAUUUAUACGGCGAGAAUUUUUGGUUGGAAAUACAUAAUUAAUAAUUGAUGCAAAAAA